CUGUCUGAACAAAUCAUACGUUGCAAGCGAAUCAUGCAACGCCGAAUAUUUCAUUUUCUGUAUUUAUUGUAUAUUUACAUCAGUUGCAAACAAAGAAACAACAUAAACAUCAAUUAUUAAUUUUCGUGUAUCUCUCUCUCUCUUUUAAUUUAAAAGAAUGACAUUAUCUUAUUCCUGAAAAAACUAUGGAACUUUGUGGGCACAUGCGGCUGCACAAGUUCACAACAUCGAGAUCUGUUGAAGCAAGUUGAACCGCGGAGAUAAUGGAGCCACUUGUAUAGAGUUUCUGUCAAUUGCACUUUACGAUCUUAUUAAUAUACUACAUUUCGUGGCUUUACAUAAAUAGAAAAGAGUAGAAAUAAAAAAAGAGAUUGGCUUAUUUAAGACAUUAUCACAAAUACUUUUCAACAAUCUCGAUUGAUGAUAGUUAAAGAUGCCAAUCUCAUUUCUUACAAAAUGUUAAAUGCUUAAAUACAUUAACAUUCCAACAAGUGACAAGUAAAGCUCCCUCUCUUUUUUAGUUUUUUCGUUGAAGAAAAAUUAUAUCUUGAGAUAAUAUCGAUCAUCCGCUGACACGAUGACACGUGAUGCGGUCGUGCGAAAAUAUCUAUAGAUCCUUAAAAAUUCUCUACGUCUCCGAGUAUGGUCAACACGCCGACCAGUGGAACGUGUUUUAACCCGAUGAGUUUUACAGCAUAGAUCCUACGUGGCAACCUCAUCCUUCCUUUUUAACUUGUCAACGGCCAAAUCUUUACUAUUCUUCUUACAGAACCAAAGAAUGAGAUGCACCGUACCACUUACGCAACACAUGAGACAUGACCCAACCCGUAUGCGACCGAAUCUUCUUAAACAUGAAAAAUUAGAAAUCACCUAAAAUAUUAUGCGUAAAGAUACAAUACCGAUUAUAUAAUAGAAAAAAUCAAACACAAUUAAUAUAAUCUCUUAAUAGGGAGAUUAUAUUAACGCCAAUAAUCUCUUAAUAUAAAGAGAUCACCAAUACAAUUAAAUAUAAAAUUUUAAAAAACAUAAAAAGAAGGUUCUAUAUCUCCAAACUCCAAUAAACUAAAAUAAAACAACAAAUUAAAAUACGGUGGAAUAGGAUAAAAUAGUUAAAGACUCCGAGAAACUUGUAAAAAAAAAAAAAACUUUGCAGCAACAAGAAAAAUAAAACAAAAAAAAUGGCGUCACAGGGGUGUUUCAAUGGAACUCAGGGUAUAAAAAGGGUUCAUCCUCUGUUUCACUCUUUCACAUAUCGAUUAUCUUCUCUUCCAUUGAUAACGAAACCUCAAGCUCUCAUUCUCUCAUCACAGCUUCGUCUCUUCCCUUCCUCCUCCUCUUCUUCUGGUAUUGCAUCUUUUCAUCAAGCCUCUUCAUACAAGAGAAGCCGAGAAGUCUCUCCUAGGUACAGAGAAAAAGAAGAGAUGACGAUUAAACCGGCGGUUUGUAUUUCCAAUGGAAAUCUAAUCAUCAAAAACCGGACGGUCCUAACCGGUUUACCAGACAAUGUCAUCACCACGUCAUCCUCCGAGGCCGGACCGGUCGAAGGAGUUUUCAUCGGAGCUGUAUUCGACAAGGAAGAGAGUAACCACAUCGUACCGAUCGGUUCACUUCACGAAUCCCGGUUCAUGGCUUGUUUCCGGUUUAAGCUCUGGUGGAUGGCCCAGAGAAUGGGCGAACUCGGCCGUGACAUUCCUCUAGAGACUCAGUUCCUAUUGGUCGAAUCCAACGACGGGUCCCACCUGGAGACUAACCAGAAGCUUUACACCGUUUUCUUGCCGUUAGUCGAAGGCUCGUUCCGUUCGUGUCUUCAAGGAAACGUUAACGAUGACGUGGAACUCUGUUUGGAGAGCGGAGACGUGGACAUCAAAACGUCGUCGUUUACUCACUCUUUGUAUAUUCACGCCGGCACGGAUCCGUUUAAAACGAUAACGGACGCUAUACACUCCGUUAAGUUGCACCUCAAGAGUUUCCGUCAACGUCACGAGAAGAAGCUUCCGGGGAUCGUUGACUACUUCGGGUGGUGCACGUGGGACGCGUUUUACCAAGAGGUGACUCAAGAAGGCGUGGAAGCUGGGCUACAGUCUCUAACCUCCGGCGACACGCCGCCGAAGUUCGUGAUCAUCGACGACGGUUGGCAAACCGUGGAGAACGAUGUGAACUCGGUUGAGAACAAACCGGUUUUCCGGUUAACCGGGGUCAAGGAGAACGCCAAGUUCAAGAACAAGGAUGAAGGAAUCAAGAACAUUGUUGAUAUAGCUAAAGAGAAGUACGGUCUUAAAUAUGUUUACGUGUGGCAUGCUAUCACGGGUUACUGGGGCGGGGUGCGACCCGGGGAGGAAUACGGGUCUUCCAUGAAGUAUCCGGUUGUGUCAAAAGGCGUGGUGGAGAACGAACCAACGUGGAAGACCGAUGCUAUGGCGGUUCAAGGGUUGGGUUUGGUUAACCCGAAGAAUGUGUAUAGAUUUUAUAACGAGCUUCAUAGUUACUUGGCUGAUGCUGGCGUGGACGGUGUGAAAGUUGAUGUGCAGUGUAUAUUAGAGACUUUGGGAGGUGGUUUGGGCGGUCGAGUCGAGUUAACGAGUCAGUACCAUCAAGCUCUUGACUCUUCUGUUGCUAAGAAUUUUCCAGACAAUGGAUGCAUUGCUUGUAUGAGCCAUAAUACGGAUGCUCUCUACUGCUCGAAGCAAGCAGCUGUGAUUAGAGCGUCAGAUGAUUUCUACCCACGUGAUCCGGUGUCUCAUACAAUACACAUUGCCUCGGUUGCGUACAAUAGUGUGUUCUUGGGAGAGUUUAUGGUGCCUGACUGGGAUAUGUUUCAUUCGGUGCACCCUGCUGCGGAGUACCAUGCCUCUGCUAGGGCCAUUAGUGGUGGACCUAUCUAUGUUAGUGAUGCUCCUGGGAAGCACAACUUUGAUCUUCUAAGAAAGCUUGUGUUGCCUGAUGGAUCGAUUCUCCGUGCUCGAUUGCCUGGUAGACCAACACAAGAUUGUUUAUUCGCCGAUCCUGCCCGGGAUGGUGUCAGCUUGCUAAAGAUAUGGAACAUGAACAAAUACACUGGAGUCCUUGGUGUGUACAACUGCCAAGGAGCAGCAUGGAGUAGCACAGAAAGGAAAAAUAUCUUCCACCAGACACAAACUGAUUGCAUCACUGGCUCCAUUCGUGGUCGUGAUGUUCAUUUGAUAUCCGAGGCCUCUACUGAUCCAAAGGCCUGGAACGGAGACUGUGCUGUUUACUCUCAAAGCAGAGGUGAACUCAGCGUUAUGCCAUACAAUGUGUCUCUACCGAUCUCACUGAAGAUACGUGAGCAUGAGAUCUUCACUGUGAGCCCCAUUAGUCAUCUGGCUACUGAUGGUGGUGUCUCAUUUGCUCCACUUGGUCUUGUAAACAUGUAUAAUUCUGGAGGAGCUAUUGAAGGACUUAAAUAUGACGCUGAGAAGAUGAAAGUGGUAAUGGAAGUCAAAGGGUGUGGUAAAUUUGGAGCUUACUCAUCAGUGAAGCCUAAGAGAUGCGUUGUUGAGUCAAAUGAAGUUGGAUUUGAGUAUGAUGCCUCCUCUGGUUUGGUCACUUUUGAGUUGGAAAAGAUGCCUUCAGAGACCAAACGAUUACAUGCCAUGGAAAUUGAGAUAUGAUUUGAUGAAUUACAAUUUGAUGUAAUAACACGGUUAUUACAAUUUCUUUCCAUGUGAUACAAACAAAGUAAUAAUAAUAUUUUUUUAAUUCAAAAAAAUUACAAAUA